AUGUCUAAUGAAAAUAUCGUGUUUUAUGAAGACAGAAACUUCCAAGGUCGCUAUUAUGAGUGCAGCAGUGACUGUCCAGAGCUCAACACCCAUUUCAGUCACUGCAACUCUAUCCGUGUCGAGAGUGGGUCCUGGGUACUCUACGAGAGGCCUAACUACAUGGGCUACCAGUACAUACUGACUAGGGGGGAGUAUCCAGAUUUUCAGAGCUGGAUGGGCUACAAUGACAGCAUCAGGUCAUGUCGGAUCAUACGGAACACCUCUGGUGCGUUCAGGGUCCGUGUUUAUGAGCGUCCUGACUUCAGUGGUCAGAUGUUGGACUGCACUGAAGAUGAGAACAACCUGCCCGACCGCUGGCACCACCGCGAGGUUCACUCUGCCCAAGUGCAGGAUGGCGCCUGGGUCUUCUACGAGCUUCCCAACUAUCGUGGACGCCAGUAUCUCCUGGAAAGAGGAGAGUACCGCCGCUUCAAUGAGUGGGCUGCCAUGAGUCCCAAUGUGGGGUCUUUCCGCCGUGUCCAUGACAUUUAG